UUCUCUGAUAAGCAGACAACAAAACAGUAUCAGUGGUGCGUUGAGAAAACGGAGUAAGGUUUAAUAUCCACCUGUUACAGAGUCUGUCUCCGAUCCUGAACCCGUCUCAGCUCUCCCACUCACUUCCCUACUCUCUCAACACUCUCACCUUACAGGUGGAUUCAAGUAGGAGCAGUGAUUAAGAAAGGCUGUAAAGAUGAUGGAGUUAGUUGUGUAUGGUGUAUUCGUAGGAUUAUCUCUCUUAGCGUAUGGUACAAGGCAUCUGGCCAACAAGAGCGAGGAUAAGAAGAUUUCUGUCUCAAAUGUUAACUUCAAAAGUUUUCAGAAGAGUUUCUUCCUCGUAUAUUUCCUGGCUCUACUUGGGGACUGGCUUCAAGGACCAUAUGUAUACAAACUAUAUGCAUAUUAUGGAUUCAAGGAAUCUCAGAUAGCAGUUCUAUACGUUGCAGGCUUUGCAAGUAGUGUUGUUUUUGGAACUUGUACUGGACCACUAGCUGAUAUAUUUGGCAGAAGGAAGUGUGCUAUAGCGUUCUCCAUCAUCUACACAUUCUGCUGCUUGACCAAGCUCUCACCUAACUUUAAUAUUCUCUUUAUUGGUCGGAUAUUUGGGGGGAUUGCAACCUCCAUGCUCUUCUCUACCUUUGAAUCCUGGUACGUGUAUGAACAUUCUGAGAAACAUGGUUAUCCCCCAGAGUGGAUUGGUAUCACUUUCUCAAUAACAACUUUCUGGAAUGGAAUAAUUGCUAUUUUAGCAGGAAUAAUUUCGAAUGUUGGGGCUGAAACGCUUGGAUUUGGUCCAGUAGCUCCUUUCGUAGUUGCUCUGGGUCCUCUUGUUGUCUGUGGGAUACUAGUCAUCAGAACCUGGGAGGAAAACUAUGGAAAUAGGAAAAAUGAUUUCUCUGGAUCCUGUAUGGAAGGUUUAAGGAUUAUAUUUAGAGAUGAAAACAUCCUUCUUCUGGGAACUAUUCAGUCCCUGCUUGAGAGCUGUAUGUAUAUAUUUGUAUUUCUCUGGACUCCUGUUCUUGACACUGGUUCAACAAGUGCACCUUUAGGAAUGGUUUUCUCUUCUUUUAUGGUUUGCAUCAUGAUUGGUUCCAGCACGUUUUCACUUCUUGCAAGCAAGGGGUUCUCAGAGGAGAAUAUACUAAAGUUUUGUCUCUAUUUAAUCGCAGGAACUAUGACUGUCUGUUGUUUCACUGCCAGACCAGAUGCAAGCAGUUUGGAUACUCUGAUUUCCUUCGCAGCAUUUCUAGUUCUUGAGAUUGGAAUAGGAAUGUAUUUCCCCGCUAUUUCCUAUUUGAGAAGUCAGGUUAUCCCGGAAUCGCAUAGAGCUAAUGUGAUGAACUGGUUUAGGGUUCCUAUGAAUAUAAUAACAUGCGGGGCUCUCCUGUGCCUCCACAUUGAGUCUGUUUCGAGGGAUAAGAGACUAGUUUUCGGGGCCUGCCUUGUCUUAGCUCUAACAGGUAUCCUUCUCUGCAAUCGGUUUAUGAAAACCUUCGGAGCAAAGAGAAUGGAGAAACUCCAACCAGUAGAUCUGGGUAAAGAGGAGAAAUCAGGUCUCUUGACAGAAGCUGAGGGAUAAAUACAAAAUUCAAUUCUUUCAGAGUUUGAUGUUUUAAAAAGUGUUUGAAUAAUCUCAGUAUAAUUAUACUUAUAUUUAUUUAAUUUAUUAAAUUUUCAAUU